AUGUCCGACAAGCCCGAAGGCACGAAGGACAUGGCGCAGCGCCCGCCGUACCAGAUCCGCUCGCCCGAGGAAUUCGGCGAAGUCAAGUGGCACGGCAAGUGCCAGUGCGGCCAAGUGCGAUACCAACUCAACCGCGAGAAGCCUCUCAAGACCAAGUUCUGCCACUGUCGCGGGUGUCAGAUGACCCAUGCCGCUCCCUUCCAAUGGGCGGCCAUCUUCCACAAGGAGAAUCUGACCUUCACUAAGGGCGCCGAGGGCCUGGCGUUCUACUCCUCGGCUAAUGCCACGCGCGAUUACAGUCUGCCGACGAAGGUGUUCUGUUCGUGGUGUCGGUCGCCGAUUAUGGACGAAGGUCGGAAUGUCUGUUUGCUGUUCCCUGAGACUAUUGAACGUGGAGAUACCGAUGAGGAGCGAAUGGAGUGGCGGAAGGCGUUCGAGGUCGAUUGUCACAUCUUCUACAGCCAGCGGGUUUUGGAGAUCCCUGACGGGAAGCCCAAGUGGGCGGGAAUGGAUGAGGAUAGUGAUAUGGUUGAUGAUAUGGGCAAGCCCACGAAAUGA